UUCAUUAAUUUUAAGUGGUACUGAUUACAGUUGCGAUCUCCGUGACAUGAGAUAUGUCACAAGAUUCUUUAAAUAAUUCAUACACUUUUUAGAUCCAUAUUUGACAAGCUGUUCUCCCAAUCACAGAGAAGUAUGACCACUCGCAUCCAGACACAGGGAAAUAAUUGUUGUGACACACUUGUCAGUUGCAAUCACACACGAGCACCUGACCUUAUUACACACUACCUGACACCUGUCAAUCACACAUUACCGAGGCGACAAGGGCUGAGUGCUUCCCUCAGUCGAUCUUGCAUGUCACUUGCAGACUACACUGUAUUAAACUUGUCAUUGACGUGAGGUGUCGUAUUGUCCAUGUCGUCAUCUAGAUGUUGGCUGAAUAGCUCACAGUGGCACGUCUCAAGACGGCACCGGCAGUCAACAGCAAACAUCUGACUCAGGGGGAGACGACUCUGAGCUGACUUCAGAUGAAGAAGGUGAGGAGGAUGAACCCAUGAAUAGUCCUGACAGCAACAAUCAAGCCACUGCUGAAUCGCGAGAUUCAGACGCUGAUCCUCCCCCACCGAGCACCACUGAUCCCACUGAGGAGUGCAGUAACUCACCAACCAGCAUGACACGUGCAGACACCCAUCGCAAAGAGAAAAUGGAUGUCAGUGAUUCUGAUCUUGUACGCCCAACCAACCACUCUAAGAGUCCCACAACAUCCCCUUCUGUGAUCGUGUCCACAGCAGCAUUUGUGUCAAAGACUGAAAAUAACCAUUUUUCGCAAACAAACAAAAGCAUGACAAAAUCUUUUCUCCAAGCUUCCAAUUUUUCUGAUUUUAUGGAUCAAGAUACUGAUCAACCUCUUGAUCUUUCGAAAAAGGCAGACAAAGAGAAAGCCAAAGUAAAGCGAGCUGUGUCAAAUGGCCACUCAACUUUCUCUCCUUCAGUUUUCCCAUCAAGUCUGCAAAGUCUCCAGCAGAGAUUCGGAGGAGAUUUUCCGAUUGAACCUCCACGCCGACCAAGCAACAGUAUCCCACUCCAGUCCACAAUGAUCCAAGGCAAACCUCUGCUACGAUCGCCACUGGUCAUUCCUUCCCCGAACCACUCCAGGACCUCCCCAACACUGGACAGCCAUAAACCACGACCAUCGCCCAAACUCGAGAAGGUAGCAAAUCUUGGAGGUUCUCCAGCCAAAAAGAUGAAUCGUCCUAGUUCAGCUGAAGACGAAUUUGAUGAGAAGAGUAACAAGUACACAAUGCACAAAUGUUCUUGCCAGAAAAACUUCACUACUUUAUAUUCUCUAAGUGUGCACCUCCAGGAAACAGGCCAUGUUCCAGGAACAGCUAAGGCAACAAAUCUCAUGGACUACCCCAAGUUAGUCCGCGGUCAAGACAUGUGGCUGAACCAGGAAUCCGAGCAGACACGGAGGAUUCUGCGAUGCAUGCAGUGUGGCGAGUCCUUCAAAUCAUUGCCUAUGCUAACAGUUCAUAUGAUGCAGACACAACACUAUACAAAGAUUGUCAGCUCAGAUCAUGGACGCAGAUCACACAAAUGUUCAGCUUAUUGUGAAAAAGAACUUGAUCGAGAAUGCAUUUUCAAGUGUAAGGUGUGUCAUGAGCCUUUCACUGACAUGGAAGGACUCUGCAAUCAUAUGAUUAUGUCUGGUCAUCAUAAAAAACAGGUGUUAAGAACUCAGAAUUAUCCGGAUUUGGGUAUGCGUUCUCGGCGAAAGCGGUAUUACAGUGAGGAAAGUAGUGCAUGUGGAACACCCACAGUCGCGUCACUGCUGGAGUAUAAAAGGAAGUGCAUAUCCCAUGGCUCAAAUGGCUUCAGCCCCAUUUCUGAGUCUUCAGGUUUUGGCAUAGAAAGCGCAAUAUCAUGUGAAAACUGUGGACACAAAAUUGAAAUGCAUAAUUUUGUUGAGCAUGUUCGGUUAUGCCUGAGACAGAAAUCUAAUGUCAUCGGUGCACUUAAACACAAACUGACAAUGGACGACAGUUCGCGGCAUCGUAGAGAUAGUUCCUCAUCUGUGUCCUCCCCAAAACAUUUUGACGAGGCUAGGAAACACUCAAGAGUUGCCUCCCCUUCUAAGAACUCUCCAUCACCACCUUCUACUCCCUGCUCCAUCAGUCCAACUGUCCAUGAAGCUGAUAUGGAGGACAAACCACAAAAACUUAAUCAACCAAAACAACAUCAAAACGUGGAUGAUGUUAAUUCAAAUAAAUUGAACUUACAUGAUGGAACUGACUGUAUCAGUCACAGUGUGUCAGAAUCCUCUGACUUUCCCCUUGAUAUUGAAAUAAAAAAGGAAGUUGAUGCUCCUAGUCCAGACCUAGCUGAAUCUGCACUUUCUCCAUGCUCAGUCAAACAAGAGAGGAGUCCUUCUGUUUCACCCACCAAGGAGCUAAAUGCAUCAUCUUGUCUACAAGAUCGAUCGGAAGCAUGCUCACCACAAAAGAAUGAUGAAAAUCGCUCUGAAUCCCGAGUAAGCCUUGACAUUAUAGAUCCUAAUAGUAGUGAAACCAAUGGCCGAGGGGAUUCAGCCUUGAAGGCCAUGGAGUCCUUCAUUCAGAGGAGCUUCAGUUCCAAGUUUGACCACCAUCGAAGCAACAUGGUCCAUAUGAUGAACCCACUCAACAAAUCAACUCUGCACCUGCCUGGAACAGCUCAAGCAGAGGCUGACUCAGCUUUUAAUUAUUUUGGAAAGCUGAGAAAAUUUUUCAAUUCAUUUCAACCUUUUGACAGCGAGGUAGCUCCAAAGAAAACUUCCCUACCUGCAGGGACAGUUGCACAUCCUGAGAAAUCCACAAAAGACACUGACAAGAAAACUGCUCAGACAGAACGGCUAGCAGCUCAUCCUGCUUCUGCCACAGAUACCAAAGAUGCUGAGAAGCGAAAGACAAGUACACCAAAGUCUGAAAUGAGUAAUGACGAUGCCAAAUCACCAGCCAAAGAAAGCCAACCUGAUGAACCCUCCGAACCCCUUGUGAAUAAAUACCUCAAUGUAGCUGAAGGGGAACCGGUACCUAAACGAGGCUCUGCGCUUGAUUCACUAAGCAGCUUCGUGUACGGGCAACCGAUGACCAGUGAGCACCCUCUGGACAGCCUGCAGAGGCUGUUGACAAAGACUGACAUUCCCAGGAUGCUUCAGCAGCAGAUGGAUCCAAUUGCGUGUCGACAUCUUAUGUCUCCCUCGGAAAUGAUGGCAGUCCCGUUAAAUCUUUCACUGAAACAUUCAAAGUCUGAUGACGAGGAUGACGACCAUCUGGAUGAACAAGCUGAGGAACUGGCAAGUCUUCGGGACAGUGGAAGCCCCUUGAUAGGUUGUGAUGGCGAGCUGCUGGAAUAUAAAUGUGCGGCUUGCAGUAGACAGUUUGCAUCAAAAGGCUCAUACCGUUAUCAUCUGAGUCGGUGCCAUCUAUCGAGUGUCAAGAAGUACGGCAUUAAAGAGGCCUUCAACAUGAGUCCAUACGUUUACCUACCUCUUGAUCACACUGCCAAGUUCACUAAGUAUUAUGAGAUGGCACAUGAGCUCGCGAAUAAGGGAAAGUAAAGUGCUAGAAAAUUAUGAGUGUUUCCCAAGUAGUGAGUGGAAAAUCAUAUCAAGUAAAAAAUGCAUCCGUAGAAAGAGUUAGUGUUUGUAGCUUUUAAUUGGAACUGAAAAAGAUAUAUGUUCCAGCUAGUUAAGUUGAAUUAUUCACAGCGCUACAUUUUCUGCCCUUAAAGGAGAACUCUUCACAUGAGGUCAUAAUAGAAAAAUAAUACUCACCCUUCAUUUUGUGAAAAUACCUCUAACCAUGAUUGUUGUUCAUAACAAAAUUCAUUCAGCCUGCAAGAGGCAUCUUGAACAAUGCAUGCUCAGUUUCAAUGCCUAAGAUAAUAUUUGAGCUACCUCACUUUUGGAAAACAAGAUGACAAAUUACCUAACCCUUACUCAUGGCAUGUCCAUUGAUCCUGUUGAGCUUCAACUCAUGGCGUGUCCAUUGAUCCUGUUGAGCUUCAACUCAUGGCAUGUCCAUUGAUCCUGUUGAGCUUCAACUCAUGGCAUGUCCAUUGAUCCUGUUGAGCUUCAACUCAUGGCAUGUCCAUUGAUCCUGUUGAGCUUCAUUACCUAAACUGUUUGUUCUUCAUUAUCAAAUCAAUUGAGCAAUACUAGCCUAUUUGCAGAGAUGAGUUAAUAUUUAGCUUGAUUAAGACAGGUUGUCAUUGCUUGGGAAACAUUAAAUUAAUUUUUGGAAUAGUCUCUUGUUUGUGGGGGGAAAAGUUACUAAACUUGUGUCAUAGUGUGUGAUGACCGUUGAUGUAGAAAAGGGAGGUAACUGGCGUAUGGUGAACGUUGUUGAAGCCCAUAGCUUGUCCGACUGGGUUCAACCAGUGGAUGUUGUGCUGAUUAGAAGCCUGCCCAUUUGUUCAUAAUAUCAUGACCACGUGAUGUGACUUCUACCAAAUAUUGCAUUUUAUCUUGUCCAAACGGCAUUUAUCUGAUAUUUUCUUUUUUAUCUCAACAUCUGUUCAUGUGUUCUUGCAUUUCAAGUGCUGUAAUGCUUUAAAUAUAUAUAUCCACAUCUACCAUAUCAGUUUUGAUUUUUGACAUUACAUAUGCAAUUUUGUGAUUGAGACUUGACCUUUCAUUUAUAGACACUGAUUUUCAACAUCAUUGUAAAUAUCAAGACUUUUUGAUGUGAGUUUUGUUAUGAUUAAGUUGAAAACAUCUUUAUUGCACAAAUUUCAUAAUUUUGAAUUUGCAUAAUACUUACAUGCAUAAAAUACUUCCUCUGAGGAAGUAAGUAAUUUGAGCUGGAAGACACAGAUAUUUGUAAUCUUGCCAAUAUGAUGGUGUUUUUUGCUUUUACAUGAUAUUCAAUUUCAGCUUUUUAGUGCUAUUUUACAAUUUAUGUGACUGAUUAUUUCAAGAGCAGCUGUUCAUCUUUGAUCUUAAUUGACUUUACUUACGCAGAUCAUGUCUCGUACUUAAAAAUGAAUCCACCAUAAUAAGUCUGUGACCCAAGUAAUGAAUUCUUAUGGUAAUUUCACCUUUUGAAUGAACAAUUUGAAUCCAAACAUGACAUAAAAAUUUUAGUCGUUAAAAAAAUGAAAUGUUGAUAUAUUGUUUAAAAACAACACAAAUUUUACUUUUGUUUGAUUAAGGUUAUAGCGUAUAUAUUGUUCCUUCAUAAGAACAUGAUUUGAAAAUGGAAAUCUUUUGGAAAUUUGUGAAUGGUGGAGACAAAUCUCAUGUAAAAGCGAGAAAAUUCUACAUAUCAAUGAAUCUCUUUUCACCAAAUAUAGGCAGUUAUUUUCUACCUUGAUUGACACUGUGCUGACUCAAAGGUUUUGUCCCAAGUUGAUUCAAUUUGAUAUUUAAAGUUAUCAAGUAAAUGUAGUAAAUACUUCAACAGUUUUUUGUCAAAUGAACAAAUUUAGAUUUUAUGUCAACUUUUCAAUUUUUUUAAUAAGUUAGUUUUAAUAAGAAGUUAAAUCUGAGUUCAUCUGUGCCAUUCAGGGUUCACAAUAUGUAGACAAGCAUGGUUUGUUUUCUUCAAAAUUUCCUCAAGGCUCACACUAUUGCCUACAUUGGUAGUAAAACUUCUGGCAUCAUGUGAAUUCUUUUUGAAUAUGUCAGACAAAAUAUUUUGAUUCAUAGAAGGAUUCAAAUCAAAAGUUACGCUCCCUAUCAAAUAUGACAGACAUAUGAUACAUAACUGUGGUACCAUCAUCCUGUGUCAGUACUCCGGGCUUAUUGGACUCCAUCCAGCUGCAGACCAUGGCCACUGGUCACUUCGCAUGAGCAGAAUGCAAUCAACACAGUAUUUCCCUACUCACAGUUUGAGAAUUGUCAUCAUGUUUGCUGUAGCUAAUAUUUUGUGUGUCACAUGAGUUUCAAAUUGUGUAUCCCAUAGUGUACCACAGUUUGGAUCACAUAGUGUGUACCUCAGUGUAUAUCAGAUAGGGUGUACCACAGUGUAUAUCACAUAGUGUGUACCACAGUUUGGAUCACAUAGUGUGUACCACAGUGUAUAUCACAUAGUGUGCACCAUAGUGUAUAUCACAUAGUGUGCACCAUAGUGUAUAUCACAUAGUGUGUACCACAGUGUAUAUCACAUGGUGUGUACCACAGUGUAUAUCACAUAGUGUACCACAGUUUGGAUCACAUAGUGUGUACCACAGUGUAUAUCACAUAGUGUGUACCAAUGUGUAUCACAUAGUGUGUACCAGUGUAUAUAGCAUAGUGUGUACCACAGUUUGGAUCACAUAGUGUGUACCAUAGUGUGUACCACAGUGUAUAUCACAUAGUGUACCACAGUGUAUAUCACAUAGUGUGUACCACAGUGUAUAUCAAAUAGUGUGUACCAGUGUGUAUCACAUAGUGUGUAUCACAUAGUGUGUACCAAAGUGUAUAUCACAUAGUGUGUAUCACAUAGUGUGUACCACAGUGUACAUCACAUAGUGUGUACCACAGUGUAUAUCACAAAGUGCAUACCACAGUGUAUAUCACAUAGUACGUACCACAGUGUUUAUCACAUAAUGUGUGCAACAGUCAAUCUGACAUUCACAAACGGAAACAAGCUAUUUUUAAUCAAAUUUUAUCUGAUAUUGAAAAUGUUUAUCAUCCAAACACAUUUGGUUCAGUUGUCCAUUCUCAAAUCCCAAUAUUGUGUCAAGUGGCCGAUACAUGGUGGAGAUGGAAUAACCCUGGAAACAAGAGGAUGGAUCCCAUUGUGUACUUGACCAUUUCUUUGCAUACCCAACCAUAUCAACUUAUAUACCAAAGCUGUUCUACAUCUUCCUAUUUAAUUUGUAUGCAUGUUUUAUUUUCUUUGACCACAAUAUACUCUUUGUGAUAAUUUUCAUCUUGGUGCAAGCUUGCAAACAUUCUAUGAAAUCCCAUGGCUCUUACGAGCAUUUUCAUCUGUGUCAAUCAAAUGUACUGUAAAUACAUAUGCAAUGAACAUGUUGAAUCAAAGUGGUUCUGAUGUGGAUGGGCUUUAAAUCAUGUAUAUAUGGUUACCUUUUUAAGUGUUUGAAAUCCGUUGAUUCAAGGUUUAUUCAAGUUUAUGAUGUAGAUAAUUAUAGACUCAGUUUGACAAUCUGUCAAAUCACUUGCAGAUGAUGUUUAACUGACAACUUGUUUUUUAUCAUGUAAAUAGGUAAACAGCUUUAAAUGAUAAACAGUAUGUGGGUUUUAAAAAAUAUUAAUAAUGUGACAUGUAUAGCAAUUUAAUUCUCUUUUACGUAGGAAUCAGAGUAAGUUUACUGAUUUUAAGGCUGAUUUGACCAAGUGCUAUUUGUCUGUUGUAUGGAAACUGUUUGUGUUUUGAAACUAUUUACCCACCAACUCUUCAUGUUUCUGAUGAACCUUAUACGACUCUAUGUUGUGCCCCCAAGGGGAUGUUCGACCUGGCCUGUAGCAAUGUUACAUAUGUGCUUUAACUUGUGUCUUGCAGUCACUCAGAUGUCUGGCAGUGUAUAUUUACGACAGUUGUUAUAAACAUAACUGCUCAUAUUCUCUUGUUGAAAUAUGAUUUUAUCUUCUUAACAUGCCCAAAUUGAUUGUUGUUUUCACUGUUUUAUAAGUUUAAGUCUAAGUCUAAGGUAAAAAGAACUGUUUUCCUAAAUUCAAAUUCAAUUAACUUAAUUUUAUAUUUUUAUGCUUUUCAUAUUUUCAUUUGGCAGAAUUUUUUACUUCUGUUAUUUCAGUCACAAUUGGAAGGCUGAGUUGCAAUACCAGCCAGCCAUGACAGAUUAACUAAAGUCAUAUGAAAAAAAUCAGGUGUUUUUUAACUUGUUUUGAGUAGGAAAUAUAAAACUGAAGUUUUGUUCUUACAAGGACUAUGACACAGUAAGUCUCCCAAAUAAUUUGUCCAUCUAGCAUCCCACUGAAUGAAAGAACUGUACACUUGAGUAUGAUGGGAGUAGGCACUGAGAACACACUUCCUACACAGUCCCUGAUAAUGAAUGGUUCCAGCAACUGAAACUGUCUUCACAGCAAGAAGUCCAAAUGCAUUAUUUCACCUGGAAGUAUGUAGAUUACUUUGUGUAAGGCCUUUAUUUUUUAUUGGUUGGUUCACAACAUGUUUUGCCCAAAAUUCAAUGUAGGUCGAAAAAGAAAUUUUAGGAAAGUCUUAACUGGACAGGACAUUAAGUUUAGUGUUGGUUGUCAAGGGUGUGACAUUAGUUUCCCCAGAUGCCCUCAUUAUCGAUACACCAACACUUAUUUGCAGCCCAAGUUUGGGAGAACAUCGAGAGUUUUGAAUGUCAAAAUUAAAAGUAGUUUCUGGAGCCAUCAGCUUUUACAUGUACCUGGUAGUGAUUUUGUCCAUCAAAAUAAUUAUGUUACUUUAUUUUGUUAAGAGUCAUUUCAUUUAUUUUUAUUUAAGUUUUUCUUGGCAAAACAACUUUUUAAACAAUAAUAGGCGUAAGGUAUCUGUAUAAAAAUUAAAAAAUAAAGCCAAUAGAUAGCCAAUCAUUAGCAUGCCCACCCAUCUCCAAUCUCAUUAAAAUCAGAUCUAAGACUACCGCUUAUCAAAGAUCUGAGGACAUCCCAUCACGUGUCAUGUCAUAACGAUCUUUCGCAAACUUUGACCGACCAAUGAAAUGACUUACAAGAAAUUGUCAUUAGCCAAUCAUAAGGAAGCCUUCUCGAGCUUUAUGACACUGGUUUCAAACUGGUGACUCCGCUUCGAAACAUAUUUUGAUGUAUUCGCGAUUACAAUUUUUAAAACUGAUAAAAAGAACAUUCUAGAAUUGCUUAUAGAUAGCCUAGAUUGUAUGGGUAUAAUUAUAAAACCCGUAAAUGUCAUUUGGAAAACCCUCUGUUAAAUAUUUCGAGGUUGCAUGAUUAGAAAACACAUUCCGACUGUCACUUUUGUGAUCUGAUAAGCGACUCUCUGAUUGGUUGGAUGAAAGGUCGUUCUGACGUGACCCGUAAUGGGAUGUCCUCAGAUCUAUGUUUAGCGAUAGUGAGAACUAAGAUCUGAUUUUAAUGAGAUUGACCCAUUGCUCUCUGAAAGCUUUCUUACUCACCUCAGGUUUGUUUGGUUGUUUCAGCAACUGUAAAUUUUGUCGUGCUUUUAGAAAUAAUAAAUAAUAAAAUUCCUCGCUCCACACUUUUCAGGAAGAGAAAAUUGAUCAAUGAUUAAUGUAUACUGGCCAAGACUCUUCGAAUCCAAUAUUAAGUAUACAGUUUAUAUUGACCACAGAAGCAAGACUGUCAUUUCAUUACACACGCCUAUAAAGAAAUAUAUAUCUGCUAUCAGAGAAUGAAGUUGAAUAGUAGUUAAAUCAAAACAUGUUUUAGUUUUGUCAGAAUGUCAAAUAGCCCCAUUGUAGCUACCUAAUAACCACACAUUCCCAGAUACCAGUAUUAUCAGAAGUGCUAUGAAAUGUACAUAAUUGAACCAUUUUUGUUUUAUUGAUUUAUUGUGUUCUAUGUUAUUGAUCGGUUGUUGAUAUUGUGAAAUUGACGCUUUUUGAGAGAGCUGUUAGAACUGCUAUUCAUCAGUAUUAAGAUUGACAACCCUGUUUCCGAUCAGCUGAUUACCUUUCAACCAAUUGUUCUUGGAAUCAGUGAAACUGAUCAGAGCACAAAUUGUUCUUGUUUUGAUAAAAAGACUAGGAAUUUGUUUAAGGCAUUAUACGAACUAGAAUAAUUAUCAUGAAUAGUAAUGCACUACCAUCAUUAAUAGUAAUUUAGUUAUCAACAUGAAUUAUGAUGCAUAAUUAUCAUGAAUAUUCUUGCAUAAACAUGAAUAUCAAUGCAUUAUUAACAUGAAUAACAAUGCUCUAUAAUUAGUGAUGCAUUAUUAUCAUGAAUAAUAUUUGAAGCAUUUGUAGAGAUAGUGGUAUUUAAAUUAAUAUUAAAAAAUCAACUGAUUUUGAUCUGUAAUUGUUUAAGUACUCCUGAAAUAUUGAACACCAGUGCAGUAAUAUAUUAUUAUUGUGAGAAGUUUGCAAAUUUUGUAUCAGGAAUAUUUAUAAUGAAUUAAUAUGAGUAUUAGGAAUCUGAAUAUUUAGAUGACUCACCACCUCUGUGUUCUUCUACUUAAGUUUUCAUCCAUGUAUCCAUGUAAUAACACGUUUAUGAUUGAUAUAUUGAUCUGACGGGAUGACACACGUCCUUCCUUGCUGAUGCCCUAUGGGUCACUUUUGGUCAUUUAUUAAGAUCUGUUUCAUUUGAGAUCUGAAAACUUUGCUAUUAAAGAAAUGUUUUAUCAUUUGCAAUGGUUUGAUUUUAUAUUCUCUAUAACACAUCCUUAAUCAUGGUACGAGUUUGUUUACAGACUUGGAGAAGUUUCAAGAAGUUUGAAAAAAAUAAUACAUGCAGCUUGUAGAACAGACUAGGUGAUUCCUUCUGACAGUGUAUGGAGCUAAUAGGACCAUUACUUACAGUAUUACAUUUAUUUCCCAUACCUGGUGAGUUCUGAGUGACUGUGUCAAAACUCGCAGCAGCUUUAGUCUGGCAUCUUGCCAACCUCUUUCUCUCCACCAAAUUAUCAUGUUAUUCUUUUAUUUCAAAGCAAAUAAAAUAUAUUUAUACCUCAAA